GUUGACUUAUGUGCUAAAAAAUGUUGUUAAUACUUGAUGUGGCAACAUCACUACUUUUUGACGUGGAACUGGCAAGUCUUGUCUUGUUAAAAUGGUUUGUCGUUUUUGCUGUUGCUACUGAGCGUAACUGUAUCUACUAUCAAGAUGUGGUACCAGAACAAACGUACUAUAUCUACAACAACGAGUACCCAAAUUUUUAUCGCCCUUCGACAUCAUGUCAAUGGAACGUCAGAAGCCCUCCUGACACCGUUGUCGUCUUAAAUUGCGAAAUAGACAUACCUGCUACUCAGCAUUGCCAAACAGACAGACUUUCCAUUUCGACCACAGGGGAUCAAGAUUUUAGCAAUUCUAGAAGCUACUGUGGAAAUAAUUCCUUCUCGACGAUAUCAGAGAGAAAUUUCUUGACUGUUGGUCUAUUUUCAGGUAAUACAAGUACUGGUGGUAAAUUUGUUUGCUCUGUAGAAGCCAUGAGAGUGGCACCUAGAUGGUGUUUCUGCAGCUACCAAGAAGAAGAGACAAAAUUCGUCAAAGGUGAAGAAACCGGAGUUAAUGAGUUCCCAUGGAUGGCAGCAAUCGUCGACGUCUCCAUACAUAAUGUAUUUUGCGGAGCGAGUCUCAUUUCAGUCCACUAUGCUCUAACAAGUGCCUAUUGUCUUCGUGGUCAGGUACCAACCAACGUUGCGUUGUUGGUGGGAGACCACGAUGUUUCAACUGGAAGCGACACAUCCGCCGCAGCCCUUUACCGAAUUUCAGAUUUCUUCCAACACCCUGGAUACAACAUAAUGGACGAAAGUAACAAUAUCGCGGUACUCAAAACUUCUACACCCAUUAGAUUCAGCUCCAAAGUAGGUCCUGUUUGCUUACCUUUUAGGUACGGACGACGAAACUUUGUAAACGACACAGUCACAGUUUUGGGUUGGGGUUUCAAAGAUUUUGCAGGUCAUAAAUCAGACACCUUGCACAAAGUUAAUUUAACCGUGGUUUCAAACUCGUACUGUGCUCAGAAUUUGGAGCAACAUAUUCAUCCAACUCAGAUGUGUACAUACACACUUGGAGAAGAUUCCUGUGCGACUGAUUCUGGAGGGCCUCUUCUUUGGAGAAAUUCUAGUUCUGGAAGAUUUCAAUUGGUCGGUUUGGUUUCUUCUCCUUUGACUUGUGCUACUAAUGCACCAGCUGUCAAUACAAGAGUUACCAGCUUCUUGUCGUGGAUAGUUUCUGUCACUAAUGAUACUAUAUACUGCGUUAAUUAGGUCCUUGUAAAUUCUAAUUUAAGAAAAUGACAAUUGGUACUUAUGGGUAC